GCUGCGAUCUCUGAAUGAUCUGGACACUGAACUGCAAUCAAAAGCAUCAGAGCUGAGAUGCCUGAUGGAGCAGCUGACUGUAGUGAACCCUGCUCUCACAGAAGAGGCCCAGGAGCAUCUGUCCAUAGCACAACAUGUCUUUGAAGAGACAGAGAGGAACAUCCAUGACUGGCAGGACCAAUGCCACAUGCUAAUGGCCUUUCUGAGAGAGUAUCAAAACUACAGGAAGGAACUGACAGCUACAAUUCAGAAAGGAGCAGCUGUCCUUCCAGGGCACACAUCUUACAUGGGGAAGGAAAAGCUGCAAAGACUAAUGAGCGACAUUAAUGACAUAAAACGAGAGUUCGACAGCCAACAGGGGAAAGUAGAUGAAUUGAGAAAGGUUUGUCGCCAUCUGCAGUCAGAGCUGAAGAAAAUUAUGAAUUGCAAUUCCUUACCAUUCCAGGCAGAAGCGGAAGAACUGUUGGAUCAAUGGUUGGAU